AAAAAGGCUCUACUACAGUAAUGGUCUUUUUUUAUUAUUAUUAUCCUUCUUUUUUUUUUAAUUUCUACUUAAGAAAUUUCACGGAAGACCGAUUGAUCUGGGUUAAGCUUGGUGGCCAAAAAAAUUGCCUAUGAAUUUUACAGACACCGAAGAAAUUUCUUGGACGCGGAAAGUGACUUCCAAAGAAAUUUUAUGGAAAACCGAUCUGGGUUAUGUUUGGUCGAUGAGAAAAUAAUUCCAGAUCUACAAAGGUUUAGGAUUUCAAAAUAGAAAUGCACAAACGAUCUCUCUUUGUUUUCAGAAGAAGAAGCUGAAUUUUUCCAUGGCAAGCACAAGUAGUAGUGCUUCAACUAAUCAAGGUCAUAUAAUCAAAUUAAAGCCUGAAAAGUUCCCAACAUACGAAUCGCAUCUCUCUUCUUUUCGUUCGUCUACUUCAGCAGCCCCUGACUAUAAAUACGACGUGUUUAUAAGUUUCAGAGGCGAGGACACUCGUAAUGGAUUCACCGGCCAUUUAUAUAGUGUUCUCAAUGAUCAAAAUGGAAUCAACACCUUCAUAGACGACAGAGAGCUUGAUAGAGGAAAACCGAUUUCUCCAGAACUCCUCCAAGCAAUCGAGGACUCGAGGUUUUCCAUGGUCGUUUUCUCAAAGAACUAUGCUACUUCGAGUUGGUGCUUGGAUGAACUAGUACACAUACUUGAAUGCAUAAAACCCGGAAAAUCCAUUAUUCCAAUCUUCUACGACGUUGAUCCAUUCGUCAUUCGGCAUCAAUCAGGCACUUAUGCACCAGCCUUUGCUGAACUCGAGAAGAAGCACCGGGCAGAGAAGGUUAAAAAGUGGAGAUUUGCGCUAAGUGCAGUCGCCAAUAUCUCAGGCUGGCAUCUUAAAGAUAGAAGUGAGGCGAAAUUUAUUCAAAACAUUGCUCAAGAUGCAUAUCAAAAAUUGACAAGAAAUUUUGAAGGUUUCAACGAUGAAACAAUUAAUCAAAUAUCUCAUAUAUUGACGGGAAAUUUUAAAGGUUUCACCAAUGAAAUAAUUAAUCAAUUCCAGUUGGAUGGAAGUACUAACCAAUUCCAGUUGGAUGGAAGUGCUAAUCAACUCCAGUGGGUUGGAAGUACAGAUUUUAGUUUGGACGACGAUGAACUUGUGAACGAUGUUGGCCUUAAAUACGAUGCCUUUUUAAGUUUCGAUAUUGGUGAUGACACUGUUAUGAACUUUACCAAUCAUCUUUACAAAGCUCUCCGCAGAAAAGAUAUUCUCACCUCCAUGGAGAAUGAAGAUCAAUGUGAUAAGGGGAAAGACAUCCCGCCAAAACUCCUGCAAGCAAUGAAAAACUCAAGGCUCUUCAUCAUCAUCUUGUCUACAAACUAUGUUGCUUCAAAUUGGUGCUUGGAUCAACUUGUCCAUAUUCUUGAAUGCGGGGGAACAUCUGUAACUAGAAAAGUUUUCCCUAUCUUUUAUAAUGUGGAUUCCUCUAUGUUUCAACAUCAAACCAACAGUUAUGAAAAUGCCUUUGCUGCACAUGAAGAAAAUUAUGAGCACAACCCUGAAAAAGUUGAAAGAUGGAGAUCUGCAUUAGCUGAAGUGGGCAAUCUCCCAGUCAGCUGGGAUCUGACAAAUGGGAGUGAGAAAGAAUUUAUUACAGACAUUGUUGGUAAGAUAACUUGCGAAUUGAAUAAGAGUCCAACGACUCCUGAUCCGAAGCCGGUUGGAAUAGAUUCUCGAGUGCAGGAAUUAUUAUCCAUUGUGGAUACAAGUGUGAUGGAUGUUCGCAUUAUAGGGAUAUGUGGGAUGGGUGGCAUGGGCAAGACAACUGUUGCCCGUUUCAUUUACGAGAAGAUUUACAAUCAAUAUGAGGCUUACUGCUUUCUUACCAAUGUAAGAGAUUUUUCUGGAAAACGUGAUUUGGUUUAUCUACAGAAAGUACUACUUUCUGAUCUAGGGGAAGAAAUAGUAAUCGUAAAUGAUCUACAGCAAGAAAUUGAACAGAUUAGGCAGAAAUUUUGUAAUGUAAAGUGUCUUAUUGUCUUAGAUGAUGUAGAUAUGUUAAAGAAAUUUUAUUUCUUGGUUGGAAAAGCUAAUUGGUUUGGAGUUGGGAGUAGAAUUAUCAUAACAACUAGAGAUGAAGAUUUGCUCAAGUCAAUCGGAGUGAACAAAAUCUACACGUGUAAAGAAUUAAAUUGGCCUGAAGCUAUGGAGCUUCUUAGCUUAAUUGCUUUUGGAGAAAAGCAGCCUUUGGAUGGCUAUGAGAUGCUCUGCUACCUUCUUUUGAAUUAUGUUGGUGGUAAUCCAUUAGCUCUCGAAGUUGUAGGUCGUUACUUACGUGAUAAAAGCAUCACGGGAUGGAAGGAUGCUUUGUAUAAGAUACAUCCAGGCAGAGAAAUACAAGUACUUCGAAUCAGUUAUGAUUCACUGGAUGAGGAACUGAAAGAAAUGUUCUUAGAUAUUGCAUGCUUUUUUAAUGGGAAGAAAGUAGAUCGUGCUCUGGAAGUACUCGAUUGUUGUGGCUAUCACGCCAAAAUUGGGAUGGCAAUCCUCAUCGACAAGUCUCUUGUAACCGUUUCAAACAACAUCUUAUGUUUGCAUGAAUUGUUACAACGACUUGGCUGGGAAAUUGUUCGCAAAGAAAGCCCUAGAAAUCCUGGUGGACGGAGCAGGUUGUGGGAUCAUAGAGACAUCAACAGAGUAAUGACAUAUAAUUGGGGAACAGAAAAUAUUAAAGCAAUGGUCCUGGACCAACCUCAACUACAAUGCAGCUGGUGGAAGCCCGAAGCUUUUGCACGGUUGAAUAAUCUCAGAUUGCUUAAUAUUCGUUGCAAUGUGAACCUCUCCGAAGGCCUGGAUUGCCUUCCUAAAAAUCUAAGAUUCUUAAAGUGGAGGGCAUAUCCAUUAAAAUCUUUGCCAUCAAAUUUCUAUUCAUCUGAACUGGUUGAACUUAACAUGUCCCACGGCCAAAUUGAACGACUUUGGACAAAAAAAGAGAUUUUCAGUAAUUUGAAGUUCAUCAAACUCAGUCACUCCCAAAACUUGAUAAAGACUCCAAACUUUACACUGGUUCCGAAUCUGGAGAGAUUAGUUCUUGAAGGGUGUAGAAACUUAGUUGAGGUUCACCCUUCCAUUGGAAUUCUCACAAAACUUCGUUUAUUGAAUUUGAAAGAUUGCACAAGUCUUAGGAGUCUCCCAAAUUUCAUUUCAAUGGAAUCUCUUGAAAUUUGUAUUCUUUCAGGCUGCUCAAGUCUCAGAAAGCUUCCAAAUGUGGUUGGAAAUUUGGGAAGCUUGUCACAAUUUUAUUUGGAUGGGUGUGGAACAACAACAGAAAACCAACCCAAAUCAAUAUUCCAAUAUCUUGGUGAACAUCUAUUCAAUCCCAGAAAUCGGAAUAAUCUUGAGUGUUUACUUUCCAACAUCCCAAAUGUAACAAAACUAUGUUUAAGAAACUGUGACUUACCAGAAGGAGCUAUUCCUAGGGAAAUCAACCGCUUAACUUCAUUGCAGGUAUUAGAUGUAGGCAGAAACAAGUUUAUCAGCUUACCUGAUAGCAUCAGCCAGCUUGCUAAGCUAAAAUUUCUUGGAUUGGCACACUGCAAUCUUCUUCGAACUAUGCCAGAGCUUCCUUCCAGUAUAGAAUAUGUAGAGGCAAGAGAUUGUUCUUCCCUGGUGACUCUGUCAAAUGCAUUCAACGAAAGAACUUGCACAGAUUUGACUCUCAGUUUCAUUAAUUGCUACAAGCUAAAACAGAAUCAAGACAUCCAAAUUUUGAUGGUGACUUUGUUGAAAGCAUACCUCCAGAAUCAGGAACUCUCACAUCUAACUGGCCAUUUUGAUAUUGUUAUUCCUGGAACUGUAGUUCCGGAGUGGUUCGGGCAUCAAAAAAUGGGACCUUCAGUCAGAAUAAAAUUGCCUAAAAAGUGGAGUAAUAAUAAUUGGAUUGGAUUCGUCUUCUGUGUUGUUUUUGAUGUCUUUGAGAACGUUCCUGUUGUCGAAGAUCAUGACUACCUGAAAUCAGAAAACUCUCAGGAGAUCACUUGUCAAUUGUACACCGAGGAAGGUCCUAUAAGCACUGGUUUUGGCUUUAACAUCUCAAGGGGCACUCUCAUUGAGUCAAGUCACCUUUGGGUACACUAUAUAUCAAAUGGAAGCUUCAAAGAAAGAAUGGCUAUGUGGAAUAGAACUAGUUACAUUGAAGCUUCAUUUGGAACAGGAAGCCAAUCCUUGGAUGUUAAAAAGUGUGGGUUUCGUGUUGUAUACAAGCAAGACGUGGAAGAGACGAAGAAUAGAAAAUUCCAGUACAUCUUCCCUCCAACUGAAGAUUUGGGUUUGGGUUUCUUCACAUUUGAUACUUAAGUUUGACACUUUUUUCUUUCUGGAUUUCAAUCAUUUAGAUGUUGAUGAGCUUGCCAGAGGAGCUGCGUAGCAACUUUGGUGAUCAAGGAACUGCAUACCAAAUAUUGAGACUUUGACACUUUUCUUUCUUAUAUUGAUUUGCAUCCUCUUUCUUAUAUGAAACUUAUAGUUCACUCAACUAAUUCUUUGUUAGUUGAUGAUUUCUUUAUCUAUGUAUCUCAACUUUCUCAUCUCUUUGUGAACAUCACUAUAUUUCAAGCUUCUUAGGUCGUUUGGUCGAACCUGCAAUCACCAUCAAUAAGCUACAUAUCACAUGCUCUAUGGUAUUGUGUAUGUCAAGCUCUCUGUAAUUAUACAGUAGAGUUAGAAGUUCAUGUCAGAUUGCUAACUCGACUUCAAACUUAUGUCAGAGGGCUUUCCCUGACAUCAUCUUGUGCGACUUUGGUAAUAUUGCUUGGGUACAAUCUGCCCUGGAGAUUUUUUGAUAGACCAGCCAAGUUCUAUACUUGGAUUGCAUA